CUGCUGAGAAUGUCGAGCAUUCAGUCCACUCCAAAAGCAGUUUCAAGAAAUAGUUCUAGUUUUUCUUGUAACGCAAGGGUGUACUGUUCAGUGUACGAACACCGCCAUGUUUAAACUGUUGGUUGCUUUUGCGUUGGUGGGCGCUGUAUUGGCCCAAAAGAGUGUCAAGGCCAAGGCCAGCAGCGGAGCGACCUUCUCGCAUCAGUAUGUCUUCGACUGGACCAAAGUCCUGACCAAUCCCGAGAUCUUUGCUCUCUUGGCACAACGCGACGUUGUGUGGCCGGAAAGGUCGGAAUACGAUAUCCCGGCGCCCAGUUUCACCUGUGACCAGAAACAGUAUCCGGGUUAUUAUGCCGAUCCCGCCACCAAAUGCCAGACCUUCCAUCGAUGCGACCCUAACGGCAACAUGACCAGCUACAUCUGUGUCAACCGAACCCUCUUCAACCCGAUCACCCUCAUCUGCGACUACUGGUUCAACGUUGACUGCGAUGCUUUCAUCAAGGAUGAGAACUUUGCCAACCGUCGCCUGUACACCACCGAAGUCCUCUUCGACACCCCAGGCAACAAUAACCAGGGUAGCGCAUCUGGCCCCAACGGUAACUGGGUGUGGGUGGACAAUGCUGGUGGUGCUGCUGCUCCUAAGGCUGCUGCUGCCACGGAAGCCCCCGCUGCCUCCGAAGAGACAACGGCUGCCGCUGCUGAAGCUGCUCCUGCGGCGGAGGAAACCACUGCUGCCGUUGCAUAGGCAGUGACCGCUGACCACACAAUGGAAACUGGAAUUUAAAACCGCAGAUGGUACUUCACCACGUUUAUAUCCAGCAUUUGUACAAUAGAAAUCUAUGUCGAAAUUUUCAGUGUAUGGGGGUCUGUUUUAAAGUUUUUUUUGUACAAUGUAACGAUGUCGAUAUUUACGAGUAUCUGUAGCUGUGUAAAGCUGGAGACUGAUGUACGAGUUUGUGUCGAAAAUGGAAUGCGCUAUAAAGA